AUGAGCUCUUCAGUUCUGUUUGAACAGCUAAAUUUUUUGAUCUUAGUGGCCUCAGAGGCUGAGCUUCCCAUCGCUCAUUCUACUAAAGAGACUUUGAUGAAUAAUUCAUGCAAUAACUGUCGCAUAUAUACACUUUACAAGGAAGAUUCAAGGGACACUCACAUGGAUAGAGAUUGGUUCAUGGACAAAUUUGGUCCGCACACGGUACAUUUUGUAAUCAGCAAUACAAUAGAUUUCCCUUUUUACAAAGCAGUUUAUUUCGAUCUUUUGAUCCCGGUAGUGUCGCAUGCUUGGGUCCAGGAUUCAGUAAAGACGAAGAGGCAUUUAAGGACAAAUAUGUAUUCACCAAAUCCUUUUCAUUUGCUUCGAGACUGUCAAGUAUACAUUUCCAAAAGCUCGUUCAAUAAAUGUGAGUACAUCUUAUAUUCAGACCUGCUCCACUUAUUGGGUGGCACGUCGGUCAAUUACAUUUCAAACAGAACGACGCAUGUGGUUGUACAAAGUCCCAAGGACCCAAUCAUAGAGACGGUAAAUAAAUUGACCUUUGGUUCUUUUUCCUCAUCAUUAACCAACAAACAUGCGGAAAAGCCUUCAAGAGAAUGGAAAUUUGUAUAUCCAACGUGGCUAUUAUAUCAUUUUAAAAUGGCGAAGCCUUUAACAGACGAACUUUCUAAUUUAUGUGAGCUUGAUAUGCAGGACUCCACGGAGGAACACCUAUUCACUAAAUGGGAGGAAGUCCUUGGUGAUAAAGACACGUAUUCAUCACAACUUACACUUCACCCAAGCAAAACUUUAUUCAAAAACCACCACUUUGCUAUUUCACCAGAUUUAAACUUUUUUACACCUUUGUAUUGGUUUUUAAAAGGAUUCAUCGAAAAUUUGGAUGGUAAAGUAACUCCGUUGACUUUUUCUGACGAUUUGAAAUCUGUGUACGAAGCCUCUCCUGAUAUCGACUGUUAUAUAGGCUUUUCUGCCAAUUCGUCGAUACUGGAAAAAACGGAAAACAUAAAGCCAGAAAUUUAUGUUGGAAAUGUAAGUUGGCUUUUCUAUAUGUUUGCGCUACAACAAUUCGUACCUGCAGCGCAAUGUAAACUUAUUCACCAGCCCUUUCAUGCUAAAUUAUUCACUUCCAAAGAAUUAACAGUUGCCUACACCAAUUAUUUCGGUUCCCAGAGAUUUUAUAUCCAGAGAUUAGUAGAAAUAUUAGGAGGACUUAGUACGCCUGAAUUGACAAGGAAGAACACACAUUUGAUAACUAAGAAUGCAAUUGGUAAGAAAUUCAAAGUCGCAAAGAAAUGGUCACUAGACCCACAGAAUGCCAUUAUCGUAACAAAUCACUUGUGGUUAGAAGAAUGCUAUAUGAAUAAUUCCAAACUAAAUCCCAAAGAUAGUAGAUUUCAAAAUUUUAAACUAGAUGAUAACAUUAAAUGGAAUAUUGGCCAAGCUGAUAGGAACUAUUCAUCUCUUCAAGCUUCAGAAAUGCUAUCGAUAGCAGCCAAUAAUACGCAACCUAUAUCAGGGAAAUUGUCUACCAUAAAGAGCCAAACUGGAGAGGAGACUAUCAUACCGCCAAGAAGAGGUAGUACACCCGCCAGUACUUUUGGAAAUUCAAUUGAUGAAAAAAUUGACAAAUUACAAAAAAUUUCUAAAGAAGUGGAUGGAAUUGAUCCAACAGAUUCGGCACAAGAUUCUGGUUCCAAAACUUCAACAACAGCUUCACCACGAAUUGAAAAUACCAGGGCUAAUUUACAAAAACAAGAAUCAAAUUCGCAUAUCAGUGGAAAAACAGAAUUCCCUUUCGAGGAUCAUGAUAAAACAGAGACGAAGGAGAUUUCGAAUCCGGUUGUAGGAUAUGAUACUAAUAAGAGCCAAAAAACCCCUGAAUGGAAAGACACUAAACUAGAAAUGGAAAAGCAAUUACAUAAGAAGAAUGAAGUCGACUAUAAAGAGAAACAGAAGGAGACAGAAUCCCAGAAAGAGCUAGGACAGCAAAUCAAAGAAAAAGAGAAGUUUUUGAAAGAAAAAGAGAACGAAAAAAUAACCAAGAAAUGUCAUACCGAAUUAGAUGACCUCACGAAAAGUAAGCAAAGCAGUGAAAACGCAGGAGAAGAAAACUCAGGAGAAGAUGUCAAUCCUAAGAAAGAAACUGAUAAAUUCUCGCAUUUGUUCGAAGGAUUAUCCGACAACGGUGAGGGCAUUGAUAAUACAAAAUCACCUAUUGAUUCUAUGUAUACCACACCAAAGACAUCGCAAAAUGUUAAAAAUAAUGUUGUUGCUCCAAAUACUAUGCAAACGCAAACUUCCACACCUUCAAGUAGCAAUUCAAGAUUGGCGAAGACGCAAGCUGCAAAGAGGUUACAUACCGAUAUUGAAUCAUUGAAUGAGUUUCAAAGAAACUUCAAAAGGAAAAGAAUUGAUACUGAGAAGUUAGAUUUUCCUCAAGAAACUAAAAAAUCAGAUAAAAACUUGCAAUUGGUUGUUAAAGCGGAAAAGAUGUUAGCAAAGUUUCAUGAGUUACCUGAUUAUAACUUAAGAGCGGUUUGUACUGGAUGUUUCCAUGAUGGAUUUGAUGAAGUUGACAUAGAAAUUUUAAGUCAGUUAGGUAUAAAGAUCUUUGACAAUAUCAAAGAAACCGAAGGACUGAAUUGUAUUUUUGCUCCCAAGAUUUUGAGAACUGAAAAGUUUUUGAAAAGUUUGAGUUUUGAACCUUUGAACUUUGCGUUGAAACCUGAAUUUAUCACAGACUUAUUAAAAAUAAUUCAUAGUAAAAAGGAAAAGCCUCAAAUAAACCUAAAUUUAUUUAACUAUGAGGUUCAGGGAGUUGACGAGAGUAUAGUAUCAAAGACCAAACUACCCACUAAAGUGUUCGAAAGAGCGAACAUUAGAUGUAUUAACUUAGUCAAUGAUAUACCUGGUGGUGUGGAUACAAUAGGUUCUGUUCUGAAAACACAUGGAAUUGAAAAAAUUAAUGUUUUACGCAGUAAGAAAUGCAUUUUUGAAGAUCUGAUGUAUAACGACGUUCCUAAGCAAGUCAAUGGAGAAGUUUUCAAAUACGUGAUUAUUGUCACCAAAGCUUCACAAGUGAAAAAGCUAACCAAAUUGAUAAAUGACCAUGACGAGAUCGGGUCAAUUUUGAUUGUGGAAUGGAAUUGGUGUGUCGAAUCAAUUUUUCAUCUAGAUGUAGAUUUUAAAUCAAUGUCAAAUGUCUUAUAUAAAAAGAAAAAAUAA